CUGUCCGGGCGCGCGCGCGCGCAAACGACCGACGUCGCGAAGAAUACUGCGGAAGCUCCGAGCUUGCCGAAGGAGAAUCAGGCCUGGCAGUUCAUCGUUAGACUAGGAAUCUUCAGAAUGGAUGACGAUGACAGAGAUUCGAACGCGAGCUCCGAGAACGAUCAAGAUGAGGUCAUGGAAGAUGUAGACGAUGCCGACGGCGAUAUGGAACCCGAGGAAGACGACAACGAGGACGACCAAGAAGAUGGCGACCGAGAAGAAACCGCCGACGAUGCACAAGACAAGGGCAACGAGGAGGCCUCGGGAGACCAAAGAGAUGGGUCGAGAGCCAACUCGGCGAGUGCCAGGUCUCCAAAGGGCAAGUCACCACAACCCAUCUCGACUCUUUUCCCGACCGUUCGACCAGAGGCCGUCAAUGCCAGGCUAUACGAUAUUGUCCCAACCAUGGCUGCCCCGCAGGCCACAAGCAUCAACGCCAUAGCUAUCACCCCCGAUCUUCGAUACUGGAUGACAGGAGGAUCCGACGGCUACAUCCGCAAAUACGAUGGUCCAGGUACCAUCAACGGCAAGCAGCUUCUCACAGUGGCACAAAGACAUCCUUUUGUCGACAGUGUCGUCAAAGCGGGCAUUCUGAUGUCUUAUUGGGAGAACGAGGAGCCAGGGCCCCCAAACCCGAGAGGUAACGAAGAACACGUCCUGUCGCCAGUUUACUCUUUGGCAGUACACUCCCAGGCUCUCUGGCUGCUGUCAGGUCUCGAGUCCGGCGGUAUCAACCUUCAAAGCGUGCGACACGACGAAGGCAAGCGCAUCACCUGCCUCCAGCAACAUACCAAUGCCGUAAGCGUCUUGUCAUUAGCGCAAGACGAGAAAAGCGUAUUGAGCGGCAGCUGGGACAAGAACAUCUUUGAUUGGGAUCUGAAUACAGGAACAGUGAAGCGCUCCUUCGAUGGUAGUGGAGGCCAGAUAUCUGCCAUCGAGCUACGCCCAGUGAACGGAGCGCCAAUCCCUGCCGACGCGAUGGAGGAAGACAUCAAGUUCGACACCACUUUCAGCUCAAACAACGGAAAACCCGUGCAGAAUGGCACCAGCGGCGGCGUGAACGGUGCUGACUCCCAAAUACCCAACCCCUCUGGCGGUGUUGAGGGACAGGCAUCCCCAGCUCACGAAUCACUGUUUGGCGGCAGUGACACUGGUUCAUUAUUUGGCGACAACGUGGGUGGAAACUAUGGUGGUGAUGAUGAUGACGAAUUCUCGAGGGCCAUGGGGGAUAUGGGCAUGCCGACUCUUCACGACGGUUCAGGGCAGGAUGGUGGUAUGGACCACUCCGCCGACAUUGACAUGACGAAUGCCUUCAGCGCCGACACGACCUCGGCACCAGCAGUCCAGCCACCAGAAACCAGCAGUCCCGAAGCCUCGAGGAAUCAGGUGCAGGCACAAACUGCGGAUUCCAGUGCUGUAGAUGCACAGCUGAUGCAGGAUGUUGCGAACGCCGAAGCACAACCAGCGUCGAACUUUGGAGACGCUGCAGCAGCACCCGAUGGACAGCCAUCAGAACCUGCGCCGGGAUCACCAUCCCUUAUCUUCGCGUCAGACCCUCCUGCUCCUGCCAUGGACCCCACUCAAACCGCCGACACCAUCUUCUUCUCUGCGGCCAUCGAUGGCCCAAUUCGACUUUGGGACCGGCGUGUUCAGGAUCCCGUCGCAAGAAUAGGCAACCAACGUGGUGUUCCUCCUUGGUGUAUGGGAGCAUGCUGGAGUCCGGAUGGCAACUGGAUCUAUGCUGGUAGACGUAACGGAACUGUGGAAGAGUACAGCAUACACAAGGCUCGAAGCGGCUGGGCACCGGAACGAACUCUGAAAUUCCCUACCGGAAGCGGAGCAGUGAGUGCCGUGCGAGCGAUGCCCAACGGACGCCAUCUGGUCUGUGCAUCACACGACAUUAUGCGGUUGUAUGAUCUCAAAGAUACGCGUGCCUUUAAGCAUUCCACCGUCCCCUUCCUCAUUAUCCCAGGACCUCCGCGCGCCGGUGUCAUCUCGUCGCUGUACAUUGACCGGACUUGCCGCUUCAUGCUCUCCGCCGCCGGAACACGUGGUUGGGAAGGGACGAGUACGGAGGUUUUGAUCGGAUAUGAAAUCAACGUGACUGCGGACAAAUGA